AUGUACCUCUAUAUCAUACGUUACUUAGCUAUUCAAUAUACUGUCAUACAACAACCAAGUGAUGAUAUCCAGCAGCAACCGUCUACUAAAGAGCUAUUAAUAUCUUCUGAUGCUACUUUUGCCGAUGAUAAAAAGACCCGAAAGUCUACCCAGAGCUCUUUCUUCAGCCUAUUUGGCGGACCUAUUGGUUGGGAAGCCACUAAACAACACACCAUUACUAUAUCUUCCACCGAAGCAGAGCUACUAGCACUAUCAUCAACUGCUAAGACCACUAUAUCUGUAACCCGUCUUAUGGAACAACUAGGACUUAAGCUUGAUCAUAAGGUUACUAUUGAGUGCGAUAACCUACAAGCUAUACGCCUAGUAACAACAACAAUGCCCCGUAUUAACACUGCAUUAAAGCAUGUUGAUAUCCACAACAGCUGGCUGCGACAGGCUUAUUAG